UGCGGAAGUUUCCACCCAUAACGCUGCCACCCCGAAGAUGAGGCUUGCAAUGACAUCUGCGUUAGCAGCGCGUUAGGAGAAGUUACCAUUCCGCAGGGAAACUGUUGCUAUACCUCCGCGGAACUGGAGUAAACUUCACAUGGCGUCUCUGGCCAGCGCAGAACGACGUGCGUUCGCUCUGAAGAUCAACAGACACUCGUCUGCUGAGAUCAGGAGACACUUUGGUGGGACGUAUGGCUCCCCUCAGGUCUCCAUGCAACACAGUCAUCAUGGCUCCAACGCAUCCGCCUCCAUGUGCUUCACCGUGCCCCAGUCGUAUGACGCGGUGGAGCCCUUGGACUUGGAGGAGUUUCUGAUGUCACAGCUGCAGGGUGGAGACACCGCCCUCAUGCGGGAGCUCGGAGAUUUCCCUGACGACGACCUGGAAGUAGAACAUGUGGAGAAGGAGUGUCGGACCGUACGCCACUCUGUACCCGAUGAGGGGGUGGAGUUGGAUUUCCAUGUGAGGGACUGUGUUCAGAGUUACACCCAGCCCUGGCUGAUGGUCAGCAGGAGGUGCCAGGGAGAUGGUUGGAGUGCAUAUUCCGAGCGGGCAAGUCUACACAAAACUCUGCAGAAACAGACUUUUGAAUCCGACCUCCAGCCAGAGAAACAAGAGACACGGGUGAAGUCCCCCUCCCUGGCGGUACUGAGUGAUGACUCCGGCAGGACCCUGACCUCCUCUGACUUUGACCUCCGCUCUGGUCUGACCCCUGACCCCAGAGUGGACGGGCUACUGCGCUUCAGUAACCAUGAUGACCUGGACAGGUUCAACCUGGAAGCCCGGCAGGGGAACCGCCACGCAGACCUGUUCGCCUUGUACCCACCCACCGACGAGGAUGAUGCAGUGGAGAUCCGGCCUAUUCCCGACUGUCCCAAAGAGCACAUGGGAGACAGGAUCAUCAUCCGGUGCCAGGCCAUCAGGUUUGAGAUUGAUGUGGAACCACUGUUUGCCACCCUGGCUCUGUACGACCUGAGAGAGAAGAAAAAGAUAUCCGAGAACUUCUACUGUGAUCUGAACUCGGAUCAGUUUAAAGGGUUCCUGAAACCCCACACGCCACAGACGGACCACUCCACCCUCUCCCGAGCAGCCAUCUUCUCCAUCACAUACCCCUCCCCAGAUAUCUACCUGGUCAUCAAGAUAGAGAAGGUGCUGCAGCAGGGGGAGAUCAGUGACUGUGCUGAACCGUACAUGGUCAUGAAGGAGAGUGACUCAGCGAAGAAUAAGGAGAAGUUGGAGAAGCUGCGCAGCCAGUCAGAGACGUUCUGUCAGAGACUGGGUCGUUACCGUAUGCCCUUCGCCUGGGCCACGGUCAACAUCAUGAACGUCAUCAGCACCGCCACGCUGGACCGGGACACCACCGACUCUGACAGCCUCAAUGGUAAAUCCAGCAGUCUGGAUAAGAGAGGCCAGCUGCCCAGGAGGAACUCUGAGAGGUUCGCUACCAUGGAAGACCAGUGUAACAUGUCUGCCUUCAAACCUGCUACCAUCACCAUCAGCACCUUCUGCAAGCAGGAAGGGGACCGUCUGAGUGAUGAGGACUUGUUCAAGUUCCUGGCAGACAUCAAGAAAUUCUCAUCCCUGCAGAGAAGAAUUAAAACCAUAUCAGGUAUGAUUAAACUGGAUGUGACCCCGGUCCAUGACAACCCAAUGGCAUGUCUCUCUGCUGAGCUGAUCCCAGUCAAACCAGUGGCUGAGAAGAACCUGAGACCUAUCAAAGAGGUGUUGGAGUUCCCUUCCAGUGAGGUCUAUGUUCCCCACAGCACUUACAGGAACCUGUUCUAUGUGUACCCCCAGCGGCUCAACUUUGUCAACAGGCUGACUUCAGCAAGGAACAUCACCAUUAAAAUCCAGUUUAUGAGUGGAGAAGACCCAAGCUGCGUGCUGCCUGUCAUUUUUGGAAAAUCAAAUGGUCCUGAGUUUGUGCAAGAAGUAUACACCCCAGUCACGUACCAUAACAAGUCUCCAGACUUCUAUGAGGAGGUGAAGAUAGCGCUGCCUGCCAGGCUGACUGAGAGACACCACCUUUUGUUUACCUUCUACCACAUCAGCUGUCAACAGAAACAGAACCAGACAGCCACCAGUGAGACAUUCAUAGGAUUCUCUUGGCUGCCUAUACUGAGUUGUGACAGAUUACAGACGGGUCAGUAUUGCCUUCCCAUCGCCCUGGACAGACUGCCUGUCAACUACUCACUGCACUCUCCUGAGAAAAUUCCCCCUCAGGUCCCUCCAGUCAGGUGGAUGGAGAGCCACAAAGGAGUGUUCAACCUGGAGAUACAGGCUGUGUCCUCUGUACACACACAGGAUAACCACUUGGAGCGUUUCUUCACGUUGUGCCAUGCCCUGAAGGGCGGAGCGACGUUCCCACUCCGGGUUCGGGAAGAGAAGAUUCCGGAGAACAAGCUGGAGCACGAGCUGAAGCUGAGCAUCAUCUCCCUGCCCUCCUCCAGACUAGAACCUCUGGUCCUCUACCUCCACCUGGUCUUAGAUCAACUCUUCACCCUCAUCAUGCAGCCCAUGGUCAUCGCUGGACAGAUAGCCAACCUAGCCCAGAUAGCUUUUGAGUCGGUGGUGUCCAUCGUCAACAGUCUCCACAACAGCCAGGAGCUGGCCAGGGACCAGCAGGGUAGGAACGGUCUCCUAGCAACAUACCUGUACUGGGUGUUCCGCCUGGCCGACUCUCCCCGGGAUCUCCUCAACACAGGUCCAGAUGGGGUGUUACCUCCCACUGAGGGCCGCUACAGUACUAUGGGGCGGCCCUCGGCCUCCACAGUAGGAGCCAUGUUACUGCAGUCUCGGCUCCGCAGCAGCAGCAACCCUGAUAUCCCUGCUCCACACAGUGCAGACGACACAGAGGUCAAAAACAUCCUGUCAGCUAAGGGCUACAACAACCCAGGCUGUCGCAUGUCCACCUAUGUGGAUUCGAGCAGCCACCCUCAGAGGUCUACAGGCGGGACCCGGCCCUCCAACAGAAAGCAGUUCCAUGAAGAGUUGGCUCUACAGAUGGUGGUCAGCACGGGAGUCUGCAGAGAGAAUGUAUACAAAUACGCCUGGUUCUUCUUUGAACUGCUGGUGAAGAGCAUGGCCCAGCAUGUGUCUCAGCUGGAGAAGCCGGACGUGCCUCGCAGGAGCCGCUUCUCAGACCGCUUCAAAGACGACAUCGCCACCAUCGUCUCUGUGGUUACCGCCGAGAUAGGGACCAUCCUGGUCGAACAGCAGAAGGAGAUGGAGCAGGCAGAGAAGGUCAACAUCAGCCUUGCCUUCUUCCUGUAUGACCUGCUGUCUCUCAUGGACCGAGGCUUCGUCUUCAUCCUGGUCAAAAACUACUGCAACCAGAUGUCGGCAAAGAGCAUUUCCAUGCCAACCAUGAUCGGUAUACGAUUGGAGUUCCUGCGUAUCCUGUGCAGUCAUGAGCACUACCUCAACCUCAGCCUUUACUUCAGUAGUCCCGCCUCCGCACCCGCCUCCCCAUGCCCAUCCAUCUCCUCACAGAGCUCCUGUUCAUAUAGUUUCCAGGAGCAGAGGAUCCUGGGCCUGUUUGAUCUGUCCCAGGAGUUUAAACAGCAGCACUACCUUACUGGUCUACUGCUCACCGAGCUCAGCGCUGCACUGGACAUGGAGUCAGAGGGGUCAGUAGACACACACAGGGGUAAAGUCCAGAUGAAGGCCAUCAAUGCCACCUACAGUCUGCUGUGUGCCCAUGACCUGGACCAGCGCUGUGCCCAGCCUGAGGUCAGGGCCAAGGUGGCCACUCUCUACCUCCCCCUGGUGGGCAUCAUCAUUGACUCCAUCAACUACCUGGACUUCACAGUGUCCGAGGCUCGCGGAGGGAAGAACAAGACGGGUGGAUCAGACGAGGACCCCGACAACGUCACGCCCAUCAAUCAGUCUAUCGCCAUGGCGAUCGCCGGCAACCCCUUCAACACCUUGGCGAGGAAUGCCCUGCCUUCCAUGGCGUCUGUGUCUGGUAAGGCGGUGGCCACCUUGUCAGCAGAGACCAGUCGUAACCUGCUGCUGUGUUUCUUGUGGGUGAUGAAGAACGCUGAGAGGAGUCUGAUCCAGCGCUGGACUGUCGACAUGCCCUCAGCACAGCUCAACAGACUGCUAGAACUACUCACCAUCUGUGUUUCCUGCUUUGAGUACAGGGGGAAGCAGAGCAGUGAUAAGGUCAGCACCCAGGCCUUACAGAAGUCCCAGCAGGCCAAGAUGCAGCUGGAGGACUCCCUACUGAGGGGCAUCGGAGCACGGGGGGAAAUGAUGCGCCGGGUUGGAGGAAGUGACCGCGCAGGUCAGAGAGAGAACCUACGCUGGAGGAAAGACCUGACGCAGUGGAGGCAGACCAACGACAGACAAGACAAAACGAAAGCAGAGCUGGACCAGGAGGCUCUAAUCAGUGGGAAUCUGGCUACUGAGUCCAACCUCAUUGUCCUGGACCUACUGGAGACCAUAGUACAGGCUGUUCCGUUGGCUGACUGUAAGGACAGUGUAGUGGGCGGAGUACUGAGGGUGUUGCUACACUGUCUCACCUGUAACCAGAGUACAACCUUCCUAUCUCACUGCUUCAGCACGCUUCGAGCGCUCAUCGUCAAGUUUGGUGACCUCUUGUUUGAAGAGGAAGCCGAGCAGUGUGCCGACCUGUGUCAGAAGGUGCUCCAGUACUGUAGCAGUCAUGAGGGUGGAAACAGAAGCCAGGCCUGCGCUACCCUAUACCUCAUCAUGAGAUGCAGCUUCAGCUCGGCCAACAACUUCUCCCGGGUGAAGAUGCAGGUGACCAUGUCUCUAGCCUCUCUGGUGGGGAAGUCCGAUGACUUCCAUGAGGAGUACCUCCGCAGGUCCCUCCGCACCAUACUGGCCUAUGCCGAGGAGGACACAGAGAUGCAGAACACACCUCUACCCUCGCAGGUGGAUGAGCUGCUGAGGAACCUGAACAGUAUCCUGUCAGACACGGUGAAGAUGAGAGAGUUCCAAGAAGACCCAGAGAUGCUCAUGGACCUCAUGUAUAGGAUAGCAAAGGGUUACCAGACGUCGCCCGACCUGAGGUUGACCUGGCUGCAGAACAUGGCGGAGAAACACAAGAACAGGAAGUGUUUUACAGAGUCGGCCAUGUGUCUGGUCCACGCUGCGGCCCUGGUGGCUGAAUACCUCAGCAUGCUGGAGGACCACAAAUAUCUACCUGUGGGCAGUGUCACCUUUCAGAACAUCUCUCCCAACGUGCUGGAGGAGUCGGCAGUGUCCGAUGACGUCCUGUCCCCAGACGAAGACGGAGUCUGCUCGGGGAGAUACUUCACCACCGGUGGGCUGGUGGUCCUACUGGAGCAGGCAGCAGAACUCUUCAGCCAGGGUGGUCUUUAUGAGGCAGUGAAUGAGGUGUACAAGAUCGUUAUGCCUAUCCUGGAGGCUCACAGAGAUUUCCGGGAGCUGGGCUCCGCUCACCACAAACUCCAGAGAGCCUUCGACAACAUCAUUCAGAAGGGCCAUAAGAGGAUGUUUGGGACAUAUUUCCGAGUGGGGUUUUAUGGGGCCAAGUUUGGAGACCUGGACGAACGAGAGUUUGUUUACAAGGAGCCAGGGAUCACCCACCUGCCAGAGAUAUCCCACAGACUGGAGAACUUCUACAGUCAGUGUUUUGGAGAUGCCCUGGAGAUGAUCAAAGACUCCAAAGACAUAGACAGGAGCAAACUGGAUGCUAACAAGGCCUACAUCCAGAUCACCUAUGUGGAGCCCUUCUUUGACGAUUAUGAGAUGAAAAACCGCCUGACCAACUUUGAGAAGAACUUCAACCUGCGUCGCUUCAUGUACACCACGCCCUUCACCAAGGCCGGGCGGCCGCGCGGCGAGCUCAACGAGCAGUGCAAGAGGAAGACCAUCCUCACCACCAUGCACGCCUUUCCCUACGUCAAGACACGCAUCAACGUCAUCCAGAAAGAAGAGUUUGACCUGACUCCCAUUGAGGUGGCCAUCGAGGACAUGCAGAAGAAGACCAGGGAGCUAGCAGUAGCCACACACAGGGAGCAGCCCGAUGCGAAGAUGCUCCAGAUGCUUCUACAGGGCUCUGUUGGAGCCACUGUCAACCAGGGACCAUUGGAGGUGGCCCAGGUCUUUCUGAAUGAGAUCCCAGCGGACCCCAAGCUCUUUCGUCACCACAACAAACUGCGCCUGUGUUUCAAAGAGUUCAUAAUGAGGUGUGGCGAGGCUGUGGAGAAGAACAAGCACCUGAUCACGAUGGACCAGAAGGAGUACCAGCAGGAGCUGAAGAAGAACUACAACCGUCUGCGAGAGAACCUGCGGCCCAUGCUUGAGAGGAAGAUACCCGAGCUCUACAAACCCAUCAUCAAACCACGCUUGGAGAAUAGAGAUUCCAUCAAACGGCUCAGUUUCCGCAGAACCCCGGAGGAAAACUCCUGAGAAGGACAGAUUUAUCUAUCUGAGAGAAUCUCCAGAGGCCGGAGAAGUAAGGAUGUUGUAAAAGUAGAAGAGGAGGGAGCUAUCAGUCCUCAUUCACCAUGGAAGAGCAGUACACAUGAUUACACAAUGGAGGACUUACAAUCAUGUCUGAAUCAACACAACAUUGCAAUACAUUGUCAUUGCUUGUUGUUUCUUUUUUACAAGAAGCACAAAUACAUUGUGUGAGACCAUAAUGAGCACAUUACGUAGCAGGUAAUGUGCAAUAUUGAGCAAAUUUGGCAUUUAUCCGUUUUUUUACAUUGCUAGUUCUCCUGAGUUCUAUGAUUACUGUGAGUCCUAACGAUGCUGCAAACUGCUGUGGGUUUGAGAAAGAAGGGUAAAAGUCCCACAUUAUAGUCCUUGCAGGGCCAGGGACUGUGUGUGUGUGUGUGUGUGUGUGUGUAUGUGCGUGCCCGUGCACCACAAUACAAGGGAACAUGUUUUCUUUUUGUAAGUGUCCUGAUAAGGAAUGCAUGAAAUCUGACUCAUACUAAAUGACUGACGAUAAAUCACUCUGUUCUCUGCAAAAGUCCUCCUGGACUUGCACUUGUAUGUGUGUAACUCUAUAGACUCUCACACUGUAAAAAUAGAACUCUCCAGUUAACUCGUAAUGCUAUAUUUGAUAUAUACUUAGUGUACAAAACAUUAAUAUUGAGAUGCACCCCAUUUUGCCCUCAGAACAUCCUGAGGGCAAAAUUUGUCGGGGCAUGGCUAGAAGGUGUCGAAAGCCUUUUGCAGGGAUGCUGGCCCAUGUUGACCACAAUGAUUCCCACAGUUGUGUCAAGUUGGCUGGAUGUCCUUUGGAUAGUGGACCGUUCUUGAUACACACGGGAAACUGUUGAGCGUGAAACACUCUGCAG